AUAUGAAUCGCAAAGGGUUUGGAGGGCAUCGUGACGCGAAGCAAUUGUCACGUACAAAGAAUCGUUUUGCUCGACUUGACCCAGACACUCAAAGCAGAUAUGAAGACGACGACGAGCCUGCCGUUCCAGUUCGUGCAAGCCUUACUUCUGCCAGUAGCCGUGGUCGUGGAGGAUCAUCACGCGGUUUCGGACAAUCGGCUGCAUCCAUCGCCAACACUGGAGUUCGUAAUGCUGACAUCGUCUACAAGUGCCGUGCUACUGGAGCUGCCAAGAAAGUUGAUGCCAAGUGGCUGAUCAAGCAGCUUAAUCAAAUAAUCGAAAAUUUCAAGCCACUUCUCUGGACUGAUAACGCCCGUGGAGACUUUGAAUGGUACGUCCGCGACGAGGACACUGCUUCAACUAUCCGAGCCAAUAAUCGUCGUGUUGUCCACAAAGAAAGUGGCACACGCGUUGAGUUUUACACUUCCAAAGUUCCAGCCCCAUGGAUGAAACUGAAACGAGAGGAAAUUGAGAUCAUUCAUAGAGUAGUCGACAAACGUCACAACGCCGAGAAUCGAGUAUUGGAUUUAUCAAACUUCCACGAAGACGAAGAGUUCAAGGCAAAGGAUAUGAUGAUGAAUUUGACGAAAGGAAAUGUCAUGCUCACAGUUCUCGAUCACAUUGAUGAUAAGUACGGAAACAUUGUGGCUUUGUCGUUAUCAAACAAUCGCAUCCGUCAUUUGGACUACGCUUCAGCUCUCGUGUCAAUCGCUAAGUUCGUUAUGGAGUUGGAUUUGAGUCACAACCACAUUUCCACUGAAAAGGAGUUAGAGAAAUUCGCCGGAUUGCCAGUCGAAAGAUUCUUCUUUGAAGGAAACCCAGUCGUCGAGUCAUUCACACAGAGGGCAGCAUAUAUCAGCUAUAUUCAUCAAUCAUUCCCGCGAUGCAACAUGCUGGACGGAGUCGAAGUGCAGCCGCUGGUUGUUGGACCGGAUCUCGAUAUUCAUGACGCAAUGCCAUUCAGAGCUGGAUAUUACCCAAAUCCACAGAUCCGAGUUCUUGUCGAGCAAUUUGUGACUUCAUACUUUGAUUUCUACGAUGGACCGGAUGGCCAGAGAACUAGAAGAAAUCUCCACAAUGCGUACGACGCUGAUGCUUCAACAUUCUCGUUGACAAUCGAACAUUUGCGUGGAUCUUCUCAUGCACGACACCACAAUGACGAGUGCUUUGCACAAUACGCUGGUGUAUCACACAACGUGCUGAAACAGGAGCGAUUCGCUCGUCAUAGAGCUUCUCGUUCAGCGCGUGGAGCCAUGGAUAUUGCAGUUGCUCUCUCAAAACUGCCAACAUCUAGCCAUAUGAGGGACACAUUUAUUGUCGACGUUUUUCUCCAAUCAAAUGAUCUUCUCGGAUUCACAGUUCAAGGACUAUUCUGCGAUGGUGAUCUUACACAGACCCCUUCACCCAGUUUCUUCAGCAGAUCAUUUUUGGUGUCUCCGAGAGAGAAUGACUCAGUUGCAGUAAUCUCUGAUCAGCUUUUUAUCACAGUUGCCUCGUUGGAUCGAUUAGAAAAGUUCAAGAAGCUGUACGAUCAAUCUAUUGCAAAUGGUGCGGCCGUGGAACAAGUUAGCGCCGUUCAAAUUGCACAAAUCGGAGUUAACGGAAUGGGAUUCGACGGAGCACCUGCACUACCGAUUCGUGAGGAAAUGAUCAAAGCGAUGUGCCAGUUCAGUGGAAUGAUUCCACCAUUCAGUGAGAAAUGUCUUGCAGACUGCGCUUGGAACUUUGACUUCGCCUGUCAGAAGUUCAACGAAAUAAAAUCAUCAGUUCCAGCAGAAGCGUUUGCUCAUUAAAUACUGUUCUAUCGACAUCUUCAGUAUGCUUAGUUCUUCCUGAUUUACUCUUUUUUUAUCGAUCUUUCGUUCAAUUUUCUUCUGUUCGCCCUUUUUAGUUUUUAAUAUUUUUCUGCAAUUUUUCAUCCCUUCCCCUCUUUCGAACUAGCUCCUCCAGGUAUUUCUACAAUUCGCUUUAACGUUAACCUUUCUAAAAUUAGGCCUCACAAAUCUCAAUUGGUUCGAGUUUCUUUCAACAUGUUAAUAGUCACUGGUGAAUCGUAUAGUGCUGUAAACGGAACUGCCAAUGGUAUUUAAAUUUUUCAUUAGUUAGAAUUAGUUAACACGUCGAAUGUCGCUCCCACUUCCAUCUUUCACCGUCACUGAGCUUUUCACACUCUUUAACACUUCCUCCUAAUUCAAAAAAGGAGUUCGCCGAAGUGUGUGUCCUGCAGAAGCUCUUUGGCACCAUUUGGAGUGACGUUGGGCGUGUGUUCGUAGUUGAAUUAAACUAAAUUUAAUAUCUGUUGGCAGUCUCCAUAACAGUUGCUAUCUUCACUGACUUUUCUCUUUUUCGGAGGUCAAUUAAAAAAAAAAAAAAACUAGGGAUCUAUGAGCGAAUCGUCGGAAAACUUGCAAAAAUUAUCAUUAUUAUUCUUUAUUGUAUUUUCAGAAAAUGCAUUAUCAAUUAUUCUACACCUCUCGAUGUGUUUAUUGACCCGUAUUUUGUCCCACUCCAUUCCUCCUUAGUUUUGCAAUAACUUGCAAAUCUUCUUUGUUUUGGGAGCAGCCAAUCGCUCUCUACACUUGAACAAGAAUCGAAUCCCCUGGCAUCUGAAAAUUAAUCAUAUUGGUUUUCUAACUAUUCAUUCUCUAAUUCUUCGUUUUUUCAAUUUGCCCUGUCAUCAUUAUCCCUCUAUUUUAUCUUAUAUUUCAAAAAUUUGUCGUCUCAUUCUUUUCUUUUUUUUAUCAAAUAAAAUUAUAUAACCCAAA